AUGGAGAUAUUUGACGAGGAGACAGAAUUAUUCUUCUCUUCUUGCCAGAUAAUCUCUGCAUGCAUGGGGUGUAUAGCACAUAGUGCUAAUGAUACAGCUAAUGCUAUAGGUCCUUUUGCUGCUAUAUUAACAAUAUACCAGCAUUAUAUACAUUUAGAGCAGCAGCAGCAGCAGCAGCAGCAGCAGCAGCAGCAGCAUUAUCAUCAGCAGAAUCAACAGAUGCAGCAACAACAGGAUAUACAUAAUAUGCAGGUACAAUUAUAUCCACAACUACAACAAGGAGGAGGAGCAGCAGAAGGAGGAGAAGGAGGAGGACUAGUAGGUACUGUUGGCUGUCCAUGGUAUAUGCUAUUCUUUGGGGGUAUAGCCAUGUCCUUAGGCCUCGCCCUUCUUGGCUACAGGAUUAUUAAGACUGUUGGUAUAAAAUUGGUUAAGAUUACACCAGCUAGAGGAUUUCCUAUGGAAAUUGGGGCUGCAUGGACAGUACUAGUAUUUAGUGCUAUUGGUGUCCCCUUAUCUACAACACAUUGUGCUGUUGGUAGUACAGUAGGUGUUGGCCUAUUAGAGCCUCGUGUCCCUCCUUCCUUAGCAG